AUGUUACUACUGGAAAUUUGAUAUUAUGAUGAAGGCUACGAUGAUCGCCGUCAAAAUAAUUCCCGGCAUAAAAACCCCCGUAGUACAUCGAAUAAGCACAGGGAUCGCGACCGAUCUCCCCAUAAAAGAGACAGAAGACCUCAGUCCAAUGAGCAACCUGAAUUUAUGUACGAGUAUUCUCUAGAAAGAAACAUUGACAUGCAUCGCUCACAUCAGAAAGAGUCCAGUAGAUCUAAGCAAUUGAAAGUUUCUCAGGAGUUGACCGAUAUUUCAGUUCUUCCUGACGAUAAUGAUGUGAAUAAAUCUCCUUAUGAUAAGGCAAAUGACGUGACAUCUUCGGAUGUUAAUUUUGAUUUUGAUUCGGUAAUGAUGGAAAAGCUCAAGAGUGUCAGUUUGAUUUCCUUGCAUUCAACUUCUGUUAAUAGUCCUGGCAGCUUACUUUAUUUUUGCUGCUGUCGUUUUUCUGAUCUGGAUACAUUUCGUUUCCAUUUUCACCGCUUAUCAGAUGUUGAGUCUACUUUCUCUCCUUCUGGUCGACUUUCUGGCGCAGAAGCACCUGCUGCCCAGGCUAUAAGAAAUGCCGCUCUUGUUUCUAAGGAACAGAACUGUGACGAAUCCAUAAUUCAAGAUGUUUCUAAAUCAUCUCAUACUUUUGAUAUGUUUGCGGAUGAAGUGGAGAUUAAUGUUCAAAAUGCUCCAGGAACGAUAGCACUUAAUGCGAUGGCCUCAGAAAACCACUCACUCGUUGAUAAUUGGGAUGAUGCAGAGGGGUAUUAUCGUGUACGCAUUGGAGAACUUCUUGAUAAAAGAUAUGCUGUUUAUGGUUACACAGGACACGGUGUAUUCUCAAAUGUCGUCAGAGCUCGAGACAGUGCUCGGGGAAACCUUGAGGUUGCAAUUAAAAUAAUUAGAAACAAUGAAGUUAUGUAA